AAAAAUUAAUGAAUGAACAAAAAUGAGCUUUUUGGCCUUAAUUUAAGGUUAAAGUUAAGGCAUAAGGUUAGCAGUGUAGUUAAGUUUCGGUUUAAAAUAUGAUUUAAAGAAGAUACCUUUUAGAAAUAGGCGGAGUUUAGCCAUACUUAAGAUUUUGUGGCUGUGGUAACUAGUCACGACCAGACCGGAGCAGUGCGGGUAAUUGGGAGAUAACAAUAAGCUAAGCAGCAUGAAGUCUUCGCUAAACCUGGUUUGGGCAGUUAUUUUCCUAAAACAGGUUGUCGGGGAAUAUGGCAUGGCCCAUUUCAGAAACAAAGGCCAGAGCAAAGGAAAAGAUUACUGCAUCUUCUUCAACUCCCAGUGGGCUCGUCUACCUCAGCACCUCAACAAAGCAGUAAGUGGUGGAGUAACCUAAAUUACUUACCGCGGAUGGCAAUCAGCAUUUACAACUACAUUACUGGUCAUAUCAUUCAGAAAACACUGGCUGGUAAGAGUCAACUCAUUUAGCAAAGACAAGCUGGUAAGAGACUACUCAUAUCAUAGACAGGCUGGCAUGAAUCAACUCAUAUGAUUCAGAAAAGAAAAGGCUGGUAAGAUUAAAACCAUAUCAUUCAGCAAGUCAUGUUAGCCUGUGGUUCCAUACUUGUCUAUGUUCUUUAGCUAGCUAUUACUGCAUCUUCUUCAACUCCCAGUGGGCUCGUCUACCUCAGCACCUCAACAAAGCAGUAAGUGGUGGAGUAACCUAAAUUACUUACCGCGGAUGGCAAUCAGCAUUUACAACUACAUUACUGGUCAUAUCAUUCAGAAAACACUGGCUGGUAAGAGUCAACUCAUUUAGCAAAGACAAGCUGGUAAGAGACUACUCAUAUCAUAGACAGGCUGGCAUGAAUCAACUCAUAUGAUUCAGAAAAGAAAAGGCUGGUAAGAUUAAAACCAUAUCAUUCAGCAAGUCAUGUUAGCCUGUGGUUCCAUACUUGUCUAUGUUCUUUAGCUAGCUAUCUCUCCUGUUUCCUUUGUUCUUCACUACUGCAGUUCUAAUAGGCUUGGAAGCAGAAUAAGAGCAUUUGAACACACCUUAGUAUUCAGGUUAUACAGUCACCACAAAUUAUUGGCACCCUUGAUAAAGAUGAGCAAAAAAGACUGUAUAAAUAAAUUAUAUAAAUACUGAGCUAUAUUGUAUGAACAAUUAUACAAUUGCUUAGAGAAAUAGAUUUAGUUUAAGAAGUAAUAUAUAUUUUCUCAAAGAUGUGUCAAAAUUAUUGGCACCCCUAAAGAUUCUUAGAAAUGAAAUCAAACAAAAUGAAAUCUGCAAUAACAUUCUACUUAAAAAAAAAAUGUAAUCUCAGUUUGUACUGUAUUGUGUCCUUCCACGUCUUCCAGUUUCACCUGGGGUAUGAAAACUUGGUAACACUCAUGUACAACGUAUGUCAUCCAUCACCAUGAGAAAAGGCAAAGAAAAGACAAAUGGUUGUUCAUCUUCAUAAAUCAGGCAUUAGGUACAACAAGAAUUGCUAGAGAAAUGAACAAAUAUACCACUUACCACUAGUAGGGCAACAAUUAAGAAGUUUAAAACCACUGGAACAGUGGUCAACUUGCCUGGUAUUGGAUGCAAGUGUCCCCAUGCACAGUGAAGAAGAUGGUUUGGGAGUCAAAAGAAAAAUCUAAGAGCCAAAGUUGAAAAUUACAGAACUUGGUAUCUUCGGGUCACUAAGUCUCAAAACCACGUACACUAGUGGUGGGUUUGGCGUCAAAAGAAGUACGCAGAAAAUAACCUCAUACCUACUGGUACCUGCCUAUAUGGUGGUGGAUCUUUUGAUGUUAUGCGGCUGAUUUGCUUCCACUGGUCCUGGGGCCCUUGGAAGAGUUCCUGAUGCCAUUGACCUUAACAAGUACCAGGAUAUUUUAACCAAAAACAUGUCUGAUUCUGCCAGGAGGCUGAAACUUGUGGAUCAAUAACCCCAAGUACACUUCAAAAUUCACAAUGAAAUGGUUAAUUGACCACAAAAUCCACAUUUUCUAUUGGCCAUCUGUCUCCUGACUUGAACCUGAUUUAAAAAAUCUGUGGUUUAAAUGGAAGAGGGCAGACUGAAGGAUAUCAACGAUCUGGAAAUAUUAUGUUUGGAGGAAUGGUCUAAGAUCCUUCCCAAUGUGUUCUCCAAAUUCAUGAAAUAUUUUUGAAAAAGAUUGCCGGAGUUUUGAAAACCGGGCUGCCAAUACUUUUGACACCUAUUUUCUGGUUGUUUCUCUGAGCAAUUGCAUUAGUAUAAAAUAAUAUAAUUUUAGCAUACAAUAUAGCACAGUAUUUGUAUUAUUUAUUUUAUACAGUCUUUUUUUGCUUUGUCAAGGGUGCCAAUUAUUUUGGAGGUGACUGUAGGUCAUUGUGUGUAUCUGUCCUAGUAGCCUACUUGGUGUAUGAAUAAUAGAUUGAAUAUAGAUUUUUCCAAAAGGCUUUUGCUUCUGUACAGUAUUUGCUCAUUUAUUUUUCCUGAUGAGACCCCACCGGCAGGAAACAAGACUCAGUAUGAGAAGAUUGACAUCCCUGUGGCGCUGCUCAGCUACACUGACAUGCUGGACAUCAGUAAGAUGUUUGGACAGGGCCGAGAGGUGGCCAUGUUCGCCCCGAGCGAGCCUGUUCUGGACUACAACAUGGUCAUCAUCUUCCUCAUGGCUGUGGGGACGGUGGCCAUCGGAGGAUACUGGGCCGGCAGCAAGGACAUCAAGAAGCGCUACAUAAAGCACAAGCGUGACGACAGCGCGGAGAAGCAGGAUGAGGAGACGGUGGAUGUGACGCCCAUCAUGAUCUCUGUGUUUGUGGUCAUGUGCUGCUCGAUGCUCGUGCUGCUCUACUUCUUUUACGACCACCUGGUGUAUAUCAUUAUUGGGAUAUUCUGUCUGGCCUCGUCUGUUGGCCUCUACAACUGUCUCUGGCCCUUUGUGAGGAGACUCCCCUUUGGCAAGUGCAGGAUUCCAGAGAACAACCUUCCCUACUGCCACAAGAGGCCUCAGGUCCGCAUGCUGCUGCUGUCAGCCUUCUGCAUCGGAGUCGGUGUUAUCUGGGGCGUGUUCCGCAAUGAAGACCACUUCUCAUAGUUCUGCAACCAAUCAACUGUACGCAAACCCCAGGACCACCCAGAGAGGAGCCCCUCACCAAUCCUGAACUACAAGGUCCUGAAGCAGAGUGAGGACCCACUUCAGGACACACCCCCUCCAGAGGCCAGCAAAUCAGAAUAAAGUAUUUCUAGGAUGCCAAUUUCUUAUUAAUUUAGUUUCUAUUGUUUUUUAAAUUUUUACAAAGGUUCUCAAUGGAACUCUAUAUAUUCGUAACAGACAGAAAUUCUGAACAUUUCAGUGCACUUGGUGUGUAAAGAGGAGAGGAGGAUGGAUGAAAGGAUGAGCGGGAGGGAGGGCACCCAACCUACAGUAGCUGUUCUUCAUAUCCUUGGGGUUGCAGGAUCAGCCAUGGGAGUCCUGGUAAAUGAGCCAGACGUGACCCAGGCUAAACAACACCAAGCCAGUCUGGGACAGGCAAAGAGCACAAUAUAGCUUCAAUGGAAAUUCUAACCAAAAGGAAGAGAGACCUGAUUCUUCAAACAACUUAAUUAUAAGAUUUGCAAAAUCGGAGCAGUUAAGUCACUCAAUUGUGCAGAUUUUGGAGCCCAACGAACAGUGGGGUCUCAGCUUUUAUAUGAAAGUACAACCUCUUGGCAGAUGUGUGUAAACGGGCGGGGAACAGUGUGUAAAAGAUUAGUUUGUCUGUGCAGAUUAAGAUAGACGAGUAAUCCCUCGUGCUAACGGCAUUUGCCACAGCUCACACCGUGCUCAUUUCUGCAAGUUUCCACACAGCUGAGUUCUGGCAAAUAGAUAAAACGUGAUGUCUCAUGCUGCGUUUGCACCCAAACGGCUCUGAGCUGUCGACAAGAUUGUAUCAGGGGGAAAAAACACUAGCAUAUAACAAUAGACACUUCUCUAAGUAAAAAGUAUGUCUAAUUUUCUCACCACACACUAUGCCAAAGUCUUGUUCACUACUCGGCUAUUCCAAUCGGACAUGAGGAAGGUUGGAAAUAAAGGUUUACGCUAACCAACACCCCCUGGCCCAUAUGAGUUAGACCCCCGUGACUGAAAUUGAGUCACACCACUAUAGAUGGCCUACUCUGCCCUGUUCAACCCCAUAUGAUGUGGUCGCCGAUUAUGUUCAUGCAUCUCCCAUGUAGUCAGCCUGAGUCGCAUCCAAUACACAUGACCUGUCCUGCUCAACACCCCACCCUCAACACCAUCCUGUUCAGUUUGCCCCCCCCCCAAAAAACAAACAUUCUAUGCAGAAAAGCAUUCAAUAAUUUUUUACAUUUAACCAGGUGAGUCCCAUUGAAUCUCUUUUUUUAAGGUAAGCCUGGCAGCCAUUAUAAUCUACACUACUAGAAGGUCAAUAUGUGCAUUCUAAAUUACACUCAUGUAUUCUCAACCAGCCAAAGGUAUAUGAUAAUAAUGAUGAUUGAUUUAGGGCACAAAGGGACACUUUCCUAGUGGACUAAAAAGCAAGCUUUGUGGAGAAUCUUCAUGUAAAGUGUUUAUAAAUCCAGAAUAAGACUUAAUCUGUGUUUGGGAAAUCUUCCCAAAUAUAUAUAUAUUUUUAAUCUUAGCUUGCUAUGGGUUUUGUUUGAUCCAGGCUGUUUUAUAUAAAUUUAAGGUUGUCCCCACUCUUUUUCCAGAGUGCUAUAGCACGAUUGAAAGGCAACGUUCCCGCUGCAUUCACGGUAAACGCUGUAUAUAAUGGCUCAAUCUGAAAUUACCUUUAUUUCAAGUGCACAAUAGUGCUGAUCUUCAGCAAUACGGAUUGAAUCAAACCCCCUAGAUUGACCGAUUUGUUUAUAAUAUUCAAUAUUGUCUUAAAUGGGUUUUGUCUUGUAUGUCUGUGCAUAUUGCUUUAUGAAGACAGAGUGCUGUGUUCGUUUGUUUCUUAAUUAAACUAUGAUAAGUAAUCAUUUUGAGGUUGUUUGGUAGGUGUCUCAUAAUAAUGACCAAGUCUCAAUUCUCUAGCGACUUACUCGAUACAUUAGUUUAGCGGACAGCUAUCUAAACUUAUCGUAAGCAUGGUCUAAUUACCGAUAGGGUGGAGCCAUUGAUCAUCAGUUAUAUUAACUGCAAACAUGGGGCCUCCUGAGUGGCGCAGCAGACGAAGUCACUGCAUCGCAGUACUUGAGGCGUCACUACAGACCCGGGUUUGAUCCCAGGCUGUGUCACAACCGGCCGUGACCUGGAGUCCCAUAGGGCGGCGCACAAUUGGCCCAGCGUCAUCUGGGUUAGGGGAUGUUUGGCCGGGGGUCUUUACUUGGCUCACAGCGCUCUAGCGACUCCUUUUGGCGGGCCGGGCGCCUGCAGGCUGACUUCCGGUAGUCAGUUGAACUGUGUGGCAAAAUGUGUAGAAUUACAGGAAAUUAGCUUUAAAACUACACAUCUUUCUUUCCGCCCCAUGGGAAAGUGUAGAAUUGCAGCACAAUUUUCUCUACGCCCCAUGGCAAAAUGUGCAGAAUGGCAGGAAAGGAACGUUAAAACAUAAGUUCUCUGCUGUCACGGGGGUGGGUUACUGAAAUGUUUUGGUCGCAAAGUGUGUGUUGGGGGGGGGGGGUACGCAACCACAGCAGCCCUAAACAAAGAGUUGCAGUCCGUUUUACCUUAGAUUGUAUAAUGUAUAAUGUCAUGGUCAAAACAUAUUGAUUUGAGAGUUGUAAAGGUAGGGUGAGGUCUGUCUGCUUUUUUGACAACACACACAAAGCAAGUCCUGCAGGCUCAAGUUAUCUUCACUUGAUUACUGUCCAGUCAUAUGGUCAAGUGCUGCAAAGAAGGCCCUAGUUAAACUGCAGCUGGUCCAGAAUAGAGCAGCACAUUUAGCUUUUCAUUGUAAUUAGAGGGUUAUAUUAUAUGCAUGCCAGUCUCUCUUAGCUAAGAGUUGAGGAGAGACUGACUGCAUCAAUUCCUGUUUUUAUAAGAAACAUUAAUGUGUUCAAUUCCAGAUUGUUUGCAAUAGUCAACUUACACACACACUUACCCCACCAGGGAUCUUUUCACAGUCCCCAGGUUCAGAACAAAUUCAAGGAAACAUACAGUAUUAUACAGAGCCAUGAUUGCAUGGAACUCCCUUCCAUCUCAUAUCGCACAAGUGAGCUGCAAACCUGUUUAAAACAACAAAUAAAGCAACGCCUCUCCAUGUGACCUA